AUUCUUUCCCAUUCUCAUCGUUUGUGCCUUCUUUCCCCAAACGACGAAAAGGAAAGAAGAACCAGAGUCGACUAAUACUAAUAAAUCAUCGCUCUUGCCUGCCCCUCCUCAGCUCACCCACCUCACCUUCCUCAGCUUAAAGAUACCUACCUACCUUGGCCGUGGCUUCCUCGUUUCCUCCUACCCGAUUAUUCAUUCCUUCCCGUUCAAAAGCUGCGGACGGAUACACAAAUAUCUUGCCUGAGGUGCACCUGCCCUGCUCAACGACUCGUGGAGUGCCUCCUGCCUCCUGCUCUUUCACACCAAGCCUCAGAACUUAAGCCUCGCGCCUUCCUUCCUUUGUUCUUUCCUUCAACGGGACCUCCUUCCUCUUCCGCCUCACAGCUUCUCCCCCUCUUCAACGAGUGGACCAUUGGCCUUACCUGCCUCACGGGACUUUCCACUGCCUCGCACCCGUCCCUCGUUUUUUUUCCUCUUUCGCCAACACACUCUCGAGCUGAACGAACUCUCAAGCAGCAUCUCUCGUCUCUCGCUCCAACUUCUCGUCCGUUCUCGCAUCCAUCUACCUUCAUCUCGACUCACCAUCUCAUCCGACUUCGCAUCUCAUAUUCAGAGACCACCCGCAUUCUCUAAGCAUCCGAACACGACUAGGAACAGUGUCACCAUCACCUCCCUAUUCAGCCAAAACUACACUACCUUCUGUUUUCUGUCGUCAUCUCUCGCUUCGCAGAGACACGGGCAUCCCUAUCAAGGCAUCAAAGCGACCCAGAAGUUGGGUCAACCCGGGUCCGUGUUGCAGGCACACACCGAGCCCAUGUCACACGGCAAUACCAGCUAGCGACUGUACGAGCUGUCAAACAUCAUCACUGAUCUAGACACUGUCCCCGGAUCGUUUUUGGGGUAUCGCGAUCGCACGGAUUGAAAUACCGAGCAUCGACUUAUUAACUCGUCAAACCGCUCUCUUGUGAGAGAGACAACGUUGUUCCGUACCUCUGACAAGGACGUGGACUGAGCAAGAAAAGGAAACAAAAAAGCCAGACCCAGGCCAAAAGAGAAGGUGAGCUUGCAUUUCCCUUUCUGGCCCACUCUUCAGACAGCUGCUUGGCUCGGUUGUCGCGCGUUCGUCCAGUCGUCGGCAUCAUCCAGCCUUUUGGUCGAGUGCCCGCCCAAUCCUGUCCAAAGUCUCCAAACCCAAGCAGCCAAACCCCUUCAUCCUCGCAAGUCGUGGAUGGUGCGUGGACCCCAGAUCCACCACUCUACCACCCAAAAAUUCCUAGCCACCAAGCCAAACUACUCGCUUCCCGGCAGACCAGCAAUCUCCCCCUGAAUUGGAUGAUUUGGACCCAAUCCAUUAUCCGAUAAUCAAUUCGUCCCCCCAAACCAAUUCAUCCCCUCAGAGCCCAAGGGAUGCUUUUUUCUAGCUGACGUCGGAUCAAAGCAGGAGAAAAGGACACCGCGCUGCACUACAAGCCAAACCAGACGCGCAUUGCCGACUAUAAUCGAGGAUCUUUGAUAUUACAACUCACCCCUAUUUUCUUCUUUUCAACCCACGCACCCACCCACCUACGACUCCGGAUCCCGACCACCCAUCUGCCUUCGGACGUACUGCAGAUUGCUUGCCCGCACGCUGCCACACACACCACGCGCACCGCACCGCCCAGUGACCUGCCGAGGAACCGUCGGGUGGCUCCUCCAAAAACCCGUUCCCCCCGUUAUUGUUUGUCCCUGCAGAGAGGCAUGACGCUAGGAACGGCCAUUUGACAGCCAAAGAAAAUCAAGCUUGCUAGCAACGCUCGCUGCUCUCUCCUCAAUCGGUCGGACAGCUCCCCUUUUUCUGGCGGAAGAAAAGGCCGAUCCCUUGACUUUCAAUACGACGCGCCCGUCCAUCAUCAUUAUCCAUAUUCCCAUCUGGUCAUCCCUCCCGUCGCGGGUACCACACCAUCCCACACGGUAAACCUCACAAACUACAGCCAAAAUGUCAAAGGCACAAUCAGCACAGCCAGGUAAGCCAAGAAUCAAACACUCUGAUAUGGAUGUAGGGGAUGGAUAUGCGCCGGCAUGUCCUAUCCUGCCCAACCUUCAUCCCUCUUCCCACCCACCCCUUUCAAUGCCUGCCACCAUCUUCCCGGAUUUCUCCCCCUUUGACUUUUGCCCUGUCCAACGGGAAGAGAGCCGCCCUUUCUCACGGAUUGCACUGCCGCCCAAGCAAACGCAAGCACCGCGCCCGCUCCACCCAGUUGUUGAACCUGCUGUGUCAUGCCAUCAACCUAGCAAAUCUGCUGGCGCUGGCUUGACGCUUAAUCUCUCAUCCAACAACCCCUUUCGCAACCGCGCUGCCUCCCCACUACUCUCCGGCACUACGAAUACCACCUCUCCCGCCUCGCCUUUUGACGACCCUCCCCGACCUGUCUCGCGCAACCCAUUCCUCGAUCCAUCAUACUCGAGUAGUCAACCGAACUUGAUCGGAGCAGGCACCAUGUCGACAUCACUGGACAACAAGGCAUCGCCUACCGCUGAGGAGCUGUUUGAUGGUCUCACCAUUAACGAUCAGAAGCAACCUCGACCCCCGACGAAUCGCCCGCCCGGAGUGCCAGGACGCGAGAAUGUGCCGCCCGGAGCCCGUCGCGGUCCUCCGCCACCCGGACACCGUCCAUCGAGAUCUCAGGAGGAGGCGAUGAGACAGCGACGCCUUCAGGGCAGUGGUGGUCCUCCCCGACCUGGUGGAGCUCCUGGAUCGCCCCAACGCCGACCUCAGGAACGCCGACCACGCAGGAACUCUGAGUCGUCCGUACUGAUUGAUAUCGAGAAGUCUCCGACCGACGAAGAGAGAAAGGCAAAGGAAGCCAGACGUCGGGAGAGAGAACGCCGCGCCCGGGAAGGAAAGGAUAAGGACCCCAAGAAGCCCAGUCGCAGAAUCGAUAUCAUCGACCAACUGGAUGCCACCAGCAUCUACGGCACCGGAUUGUUCCAUCACGACGGUCCUUUCGAUGCAGCCAACCCCCACCGUAACCGCAAGGGCAGCCGCCGUGCACCGAUGCAAGCCUUUGCCAAGGACUCCCUCAACAUGUCCCUUGGCGGCUCCGGUCCCCUCAACAAGCGCCCGGACCAUGCUGUGUUCAUGGGCCACAACGACGGCGAGGCAUCGGCAGACUUUGCAACUGCUGCCAGACUUGAGCGCAAGGAUGAUCCCGCUGUCUUUGACCCUCGAGCUCGCGGUUCGAUCGUUUACGGAGAGGAAUCCAUGGGACUCGGUGCCUCGACCUUCCUGGAGGGUACUCCUGCUGCCCGAGCUGCCAUCCAGAAGACUCAGGCUGAGCAAGCCCAGCAGUCGACCUCCGAGGGCCUUGGCCGCAGCAAGUCCAUCGCCCAACGCAUUCGUGGAAUGAAGAGGGAGCCCCGCGAGUAUGGUCCUUCUGGUCGAAUCACCAACCCGGAGGGAGCAUACACCUCCCGUCGAUCGCCCGAUGCCAAUGGACCCGCCAGCAGCAUUUCGUACACUGGCGAGCGUAACCCCUUCUUUUCCGAGUAUGGAAAGGAGCCCGAGACAAUCUCUGUCAAGCGAGCCGACAACGGUACCCGUUCGCCUGGUGUACCUCCCCCAGUGCCCCGUCGAGGCUCUGCUAAUGGCCUCGAGCGUCGUGCCACAGCUGACGUGAUGUCACCGACUGAGGACGGACCCAGCAAGCCUUCUGGAGGCUUCAUGGCCAGAGUCAAGAGUCUGAAGGGUGGACGCAGACGCCAGGCUUCUGAUGCCAUGGCACCGCCUCCUGCACCUGGCACUGCCGCCUAGUGGUUUCGCAGAACUUAGGAAGCAGGAUACGAGAGCAUCGAGCCAAAACAAAGGACACAACAAGACGAAUGCGAAGGCAUACGGCAAAGAAAGUCCUUGCCAUUCAUCAAACGCCUCACUUCAAGGCGAUCAGUUUCAAAAAAGAGAAAGGGUGCAGUCGAUGCACCCCUUGAACGAACGACGUGAAGUUGUUUGAACCAUCUGGUUACAAUGCAAACACAUUGGGCUACGGAUCCGAUAAUAUCGAAUUCUGGAUCAUUUGUGGAGGGAGUCAAUACGGUUGGGAUCUCGAAUUGGGUUGGGUGGCUCUUGGAGAAGCCAUCAGGACGAGAACUACGAUUGUCAGGGCGGAGCGGUCGCACAUAUGCGUCUGGAUUUUCACACCACCCGACAAGUGAUACCUUUCUCGUGAAUAAUCAUAUUUCUUUGGGAGGAAACGAGCCUCCUUUUCUGCCUCUUUUGCUACAAAUAUUCCAGGGCCGGCAGAGGCACUUUACACAAAGGGAAGGCAUAGAGCAGGCAAUCCAACAGUCCGUCGGCAGAUUGUUAUGAAUUAGCUUUAUUGAAAAUAGAGAACAUUGAG